GAGUUGAGAUUACAGGAGAUGGGUGGAGAAUAAUAGAAUAAAAGAGGUGGAAAGGGGGAGGAGUGGAGAGAGACGAGAGAGAGGUGGAGAGGAGAGAGAAUGGAGAAGAAAAGAGGAGAGAGGGUGUUGAGAGUGUUGUGUUCACACCCGACUCACCCAACGGAAGAGAAGAGAGCAGGAGACAGAUGACCAGAGACAAGGCAAUCCCACUGAGACGGUUGACUUAACACACCCACCAACGCACACACAUGCCACACACACAUACCACAUAUACACCACACACACACCACAUACACCUAAAGAGAGCAACUCGGCCACAUGCACAAAGACUUGUAAAUCUGUUCAGACACAUGUACAAGCAAACACACAGACAAACACACAGACUUUCACUUUUCUCAGAGAACACUGUUUGCCAGGUCCAGAUGAAGAGGAAUGUGUUCAGGAGGACGAGAGGCGACCAGGAAACACACACUGGACUUGGACCUGCAAUCUCCUACCAACAGGCGUGUAACAAACACACACACACACACACACACACCGUCAGAGCAAGACCAGGAGGACAGAAGCUGGACUGCACUCUACAUUCUGCUGUGACAAGAGAUAGACACACGCUCUCUUCACACAGCCAAGGACCUCUGCUUGGAGCCACUAAACAACCUGUCACUUGGAGUAACACACUGUCUCUCAUCUGAUCUGAGUCAGAACGGAACCAAGCACCUGGAACCUAGAACAUUGACUGUGUCCAGCACAUGCUUUGGGCUUUGACCACGUUCAUCCAGGAGGAUUGCACACAGACAGAGACCCGGAUCUAGCCUCUGACCUCUCACCUGCAGCCUGUGGCUGGCGGUGUGACGGCUUGUCUACUGUGGAGCAGCACCUACUCUAUUUCUCUGUUCUCUCUAGUCUCUCUCCUUACAUGGUCUCGUUCUUUAGCCUCACUGUCUAGUUUAUUAUAUUUGUCUCUCUCUUCUGUAUUUUAAGACUUCUUUGGUUACUCUCUACAUCUUCUUGUUCUCUCCCGUGUGUCUCCCUAGCCACUAUCUCUGUCCUCCAGUCUUUCUCUCUAGUCUCGCUUCUGUCUCUCCCCUCCAUCUUUCUCUCUGUCUCCUUACAUCCUCCCGCUAUGAUGCUGAGGAGAGACCGUCUGCUCCUGUCUGUGACCCUCACAGCCAUCUUCACUGCUGACCUCUACUUCGUCCUGCUCCCCAAGCUCCGCCACAGACAACCAGGACCAGAUGAUGGAGGCUGCAUUUGUCCCUCCUCCAGGGGGACUAACUUCACCCUUGCUGGGUACAGCGGCCUCACCACCCCCUGGCCCUCCAACACCACCUCCAUGGACCUCCAGGGGAUGGGGGUCAGAGCUAAGGACAACCUCACAGAGUUGGGCUCGAAGCUGGAGAGGCUGUUUGCUCAACCCCUGUAUAACAUCCAGACACCGGAGCUGGUGCGAGAAGAGAGGCUGUUACAGUCUGAAGAGGUAAUGGGGUAUUACAGGAGGAAGGUCUCGCGCUGGGAGAGGCAUAUGAAGCUGUACAGCGAGGCAGCAACGUUGCUGGAACACCAAGCGACCUUUGACCCUGAGGCCAGCUGGCUGAAGUUCCACCUGGGCAUUAAUCGCUACGCUCUGUAUGCCCGCGAGGACCCCACAAUCACCCGCCUGCUGAAGGACAUGCAGUCCAACGCCGUCAUCAGCGCAGUGGUAAAGCCCAGUGGAUACCACCUCAAGCUGGCCCUGAAGAUGCAGAACUAUGGCAAGGCCAUGUUCAAACCCAUGAGACAGCAGAGAGACCAGGAGACUCCUGAUGAUUUGUUCUACUUCGUCGACUUCCAGAGACACAAUGCUGAGAUUGCUGCCUUUCACCUGGACAGAAUCCUGGACUUCCGGAGGGUACCGCCGGUGGUGGGCAGGCUGGUGAAUUUGACGGGGGAGAUUCUCCUGACCACUCACAAUGAGGACCUAAGGAGUGUGUUCUUUACCUCUCCAGCGAACAACACGUGUUUCUUUGCUAAGUGUCUGUACGUGUGUAAGACGGAGUAUGCAGUGUGUGGGAGCCCUGACCUGCUGGAGGGCUCCAUGUCAGCCUACCUCCCCGGUCUCAGCAUUGCCCCUCGUAUCUCCAUCCCCAACCCGUGGAUACGAUCAUACACCUUCACUGGCAGGGAGGAGUGGGAGGUGAACCCCUUGUACUGUGACACCAUAAAGCAGCUGUAUCCCUACAACUCAGGGAACCGACUGCUCAACAUCAUAGACAUGGCCAUCUUUGACUUCCUUAUUGGUAACAUGGACAGGCACCAUUAUGAGAUCUUCACCAAGUUCGGCGAUGAAGGUUUUCUUCUUCACUUUGACAAUGCCAGAGGGUUUGGGAAGCAUUCUCAAGAUGAGAUGUCCAUACUGGCUCCACUGUCACAGUGCUGCAUUAUAAAGCGUUCCACGUUACUGCGGCUGCAGCUCCUCUCCCAGGACCGCUACAGGCUCAGUGACGUGAUGAGGGAGUCCCUGGGAGGAGACGCACUGCAGCCGGUCCUUACUGAGCCCCACCUGCAGGCCCUGGACCGCCGGCUGCAGCGCGUCCUGAAGACAGUCCACAGGUGUGUGCGCAGGCUGGGAGAGGCUCAGGUGAUCACCACAGACUUUGUUGAUACCUCCGCCAUGCCUGAGUCUGUCAAACCAGUGUCUGUGCCCAACAAGGAGAGGUAACUAAGGUUAACAAGGAUUUCAAAAGAAGUGCACUAUAAUAGGGGAAGAGGAUGACAUUUUGGACGUAUCCCCAAGUCCUAUGAGGGGAGGUAACAUAAGACCAAGGACAGCCUGAGGACCAUGAUGGCAGGUGACCUUGUCCUGUAAAAGCAGGAACCACAGGGUCUGGUCCCUCUCACCGAGUAAUGCAUUCCGAACUAGUCUUUGAAGUCAAACCUUUGGAAUGAUACGGUCUGCUUUGACAAUAGAAAGCAGCACUGCUUUCCUGCACUGUCAAAAUGUCACACAUGGCCUUGGGCUAUGAGGUCACCUGAGGUCACCUUCCACCCUCUCUGGAGAUCCCCUCUGCCUUGCAGUGCAUUGAAAUGGACCUACUGUAUCAGUGUGUCAAAGGAGCCAAAUGACUGUGGAAGAAGCACUGGAUAAUGUAAGAUGAUUUCUGCUUUUUCACAAUUUACACCCUUCUUCAGUACUCUGUCAUUUCAAUUUCAUUUCAAUGAUUGCACAUCAGUUCUGUGAAGUAACCUUGUGCCAACAGAUAUUUAAUCAAAUAUACAUUUGUAAAUAAAGGUUAUGAUUUGGGGUGAUCCAUUGAAUAAAACUUUAAUACGAAGAAAUUAUGACACUUCAAUACUCCUUACAUUUCUACUGCUUUCUGUUGUGUAACUGUUUUGAUUGAUCUGGAUUCACAUUAGACACACAUAGUGAAAGUUAAAAGGAAAGACAAACUGAGAGAAAGUGCAUGGAUGAAAAAGAAAGUGUGUGUAUGAGGUGUUUCUUCCUACAGGAAAGUGUUACCUAUUAAAACUCCAUUGAAACGGCCCAUGGUUUUUCCA